UAUAUAUAUACCUACACCAUAUCAGACUUGAAUGCAGUGGGAAGUGUCGGGGAAGCACCUGUACGCUUCAAAGGUGUCGUUUAACUGCGUGGACGAUGGUGACAGCCUCAGUGCCAAGGAACUCUUUAGAUGGCGGAAGAAAGAGAAAGGCUCCCUUCCUCAAAGAGGUGGGGUAAAGGACUUUGAGCCUGAUGACUCUUGGCUUCAAGCUAAGCGUCUGGAAGCAUUCUAUGAAGAAGAAUUAUUUGUCCUUGGAGAACCUAGAGUGGAAAAAAGUGGGAACCUUGUUCAAGGGUCAUGGGAUGAAAAGACUGGUCUGGUCAGCAUUGAGAAAACGGCCAAGUUCUGGAUGAAAAUGGGUUUUGUUGAAAACAAUCACAACUGGCUUUAUCCAGAAGAGGCCUUGUUUCUGAUGGAAGUAAACUGUUUAGAGGUGCAGCAUCAUGGUUUGUCUCUAAGUCUUCAGGAAGCAUACAAUCUUUUCUUGUGGCCAAACACUACUCUCAGCUUAGAGGAAUAUCAGGUGUAUGCUCAUCUUCGUCGUCUUGGUUAUGUUGUCCUUCGCCACAGUGGGAAACUAGAGUCCACGCCUUAUGAAAGGAAGAUCAAGUUAGAUAAACACUGUGCAAAGAAGAAAAGAAAGCAUGACCGACCAAAGCAAGGACUGGGGGAACCUGUCAAUAAACACACAGCAGCAGAACCAAGUGAUGCACAACACGCUUUGAAAAACAAUGCAAGUCAUACAAGCACAGGUUUUUCUGUUAACAUAACACAUUGCAGACAAGAGGCAUUGAAAAAUACUCUACAGGAAGAGGUUAUUGCUUUGGAUCACGAUACUGAUGGCAGCAGAAAUGAUAUGAGCGUUAACUGUGUUUGUGAAGAGGUUGAUAGCAGUGUGGCAUGUAAUGUUGAUAGCACUAAAAGGUGUGAAGAGGUUAAUACCAGUGUGGAGUGUAGUGUUGACAGCACUAAAAGUAAUCAUUGGAAAGGUGAUGUCAGCAGCUGCUUUGAAGAUGCAACUGACAGGGUACAUUUAACUAACCAUCAGGGAUGUUCAAGUGAGAAGAUUACAGGCGCAGUGGAUGAAUGUGAUGAACCAGAAUUUAAGAGGCAAAAGUUGGAGAAGUCUUUUGAACAUGAUGAUGCUUUAAGCAAAGCUGACAGUGCUACUUGACCCUGGACGCUUGCAACCCUCAAGUCUCACAUGAAGCAGGCUGACUGUGCAGACUCAUGCAAAUACUCAAACUGGAAUUUUAAACAGUUUCAAUUUCCCUGCAUUGCUGAAAAAGAUACAGUGGUACUAAGUGUGCCAGCCCCACACCUGUUGCCUCAGAACAUUGAGUUAAAUGAAGAUUUUGACGAUGUUUGUAUGUUUGAUGUUGACGAAUACAGACGUCAGCGGGAGAACGGUUCAUGGUCUGCAAGUGAUCACCGAGAUAGCUACAGUCAUCUGGUACAUCUUAAGUUUUCAUACGCAGACUGGCUACAGAAACACUCCACCCCAGUACAAGCCAGCAACUGGGGGGAGUGGAAGAGAGAAGUGUGGAAGCAAAUGGAUUUGUUCUCUCUUACAUCACCAGUGUCACACCUGUGGCGAGAGGAGGUCACUCCAUUGUUACAACCUGAAGAUGCAACUUCCACAUAUGCAGUUCUAAACAGACUGAGCAUUAUUCAACCAUUCCAAGAGUCUUUUGAAGGCAAGCAAAGCAACCCAGUGAAACUUUCUUUUGAUGUUUACCUUCCUAAUACCACAUUCAAGAAGACAAGCCCUGGUCUACCUGAUCAUAGAAUCUGUGUUUCCAGAUGUCUUCAGCCUCCUGACCCAUUGCAACUGCAGUCGGCCGUGGCUUAUCUGUCAGACAAUGUCCCUCUCCACUGGGCUGUCGUCAUCUCAGGGGAGAUUUCCUUCUUUGUGUUUGAAAACAAACAUUGCCAGUCAACCCUUCGCCUCUUGGUUGACUGAGGAGGGGCUAAUA